AUGUUUUGGAAACUUGACAAGAGGCCGUCAUUUUUGCGUGCUGUUAAUGAAAGAAUGGACAUGGAUCCAGAUUCCAAAAAAAUCUUGACCUAUCUGGAGAAGAGAGGAAUAACCAUUAUGGGAGGGUAUUCAUGGGAUUCAAGCCUAUCUACUGAGUUUUUGGCUUAUGUUAAAAAACAGAACCAGGACGAGAAAUUAAACCUUCGUUACGAAUUUAAGAAAGGUAGUCAUUUGUUACGACUUGUGAGGAACACGGUGAGCCACUAUUCACAGCUCCCUGGAAAUAUCAAGUUCCCACAUAUGCUCAUUGAAGUUUAUGUAGCGGUGUUGAAGUACUACAACAAGGAGGAAACAGUGUUCCAAAAGAAGGACUAA